AUGCCAAACCCUUCAGACUCUGCUAGGACUAACUCUAAUUCUAACACUAAUAUACCACCAAAAAGUUCUCGUAAACGUCGAUCUGAGAUUGAAUCGCUUGAACAAAAAAAUAACAAAUCAGAACUAACAAGAGAAACAGUUCUUGCUAAUAUUAUAGAAGGAGAAGAUAAAAGUUCUAACUCACCAGUAACUUGCCAAAGUAUAAAAAGAAGAAAGGAAGGUGAAGAAAAGAUAGUGGACGAUUUAAGGUGUGAGGAAGAAUUCAAUGUAGAUGAUUCUCCCUCACGGAGUAUGAAUUUAAAAAAUACUGGUAAAGAGACUGCCUCAGGAAGAAGUGAUUCUUUGGAUGAUAAAAUAGUUAGUGUUAAUAAUGAUGAAGAUUUGCCUUUUUCUUUUAUUAAAUCUCCAAAUUGUUAUAGCAUUGAUUAUGAUGUAACUUCUGAUGCUUCAAUGAGAAAUCCUAAUCUUGUACAUCUACCAGAGUACUACUAUUAUGGUAAUUCUUAUGAUGUUAUAGAUUUAAUGUAUAAAAAGUCUGAAAUUUAUCCAAAAGCAUAUGCUCCAGGGAAGCCAAUGGUAACUGAAAUCAGUCUUGGAAAUCGUAUUACUAUACUUUGUUGGUUAAUGGAAAUUGCUUUUGAGGAACAACAAACAAAAAUUCAACCUAGUGUAUAUCAACUACUUGCGGGUGCUUGUAUAAAGUUAGCAAGUAAAAUUGAAGAAGUUAUUCCAAUCACCGGAGAAAGUUUAGUAUCUAAAUGUGGAGAUGCUUUUUCAUUAAAACAACUUAUAAAAACAGAAGCAGUAGUCACACAUGUUCUUGAAUUUUCUGUGAAUCCUUUGACAACGCUUCAUUUUAUUGAUUUAUACUUUAGAAUUAUAUCUUUUACAUGUGAUAUGCAAAGUUGUAUAACUCCAUCAGGUUCAGAAUCACCGUUAAAAACAAACAAUGAUGAUCCUUCUAUAUCAACAGAAAGAGACUCUGUUAACAACUCUCCCGUUUCAAGCACUACUUCAUCACAGUCUGAUUCAAGUUUAAAUAAUGAAAACAAAGUAUCUGAUGAUAUUGAUCAUCUUUACUUUUCUGAAAGCCCAAUAAUACUUCAAGAUGAAUUGAUUCACUAUUAUAUUUCUUCUGCUGCAGUGGCAGAUUUCGUUACUUUGACGAAUCCUCACUUAUGUUAUGAUCCUUCCAAAUUAGCAGCUGCCAUACUUUAUGCUCAAUUUUCUGAUUUUGACGGUUAUUUAAAUUUUUCAAGAUACAAGAAAGAGGAUAUUGAGGAAGAAUACCGUUAUAUAAAGCCAUUUUUUGAACAUAUUGAUAAAAUUGUUGAGGAAUAUAAAAUUAAAUAUGAAUAUCUUGUCGAUCAAGCUCAUAAAUCUUUAGAAGGUAAUAGGAAUGAGGUGACAGAAGAAUUAUCUCUCCUUGUUAUAUUAUGUUUUACUUCUGUUAUCUUUUUAAGUGCUGAAGAUGCUGUUGAAAGUGAAGAACCAGUUCAACAACAAGAAGGACAAACGAUUAAAGUACCUCAAUAUCCAUCUUCACCAGAUGUCAAAACAACUUUCUUGAUUAGAUCUCCAGUAGACGCUCAAAUGACAAAAGAAUUGUAUGCUGGUAGUGAUGCCGAAUUUGUAAUUGGAUUCCAAAAUAAGGGAGAUAAAGAUUUUCAUGUAUUAUAUUCUGAAGCAUCUUUUAGACAUCCAAUGGAUUUUAGACAAAUUUUCCAAAACUUUUCUACUCCAAAUUAUGAACAAAUAGUCAGAUCUAAAGAUGAAGGAACUUUCGAUCUUUCAAUUGUCCCUCAUCCAUAUUUUGCCGGAAAUCCACUUACUCUUACAAUUGACAUUUAUUACCAUGACUCAGAUAAAGUUCAAUACAAGACAAAUAUUUUUAAUUCAACUGUUUUUGUUGUUAAAGAUACUACCGGAUUCUCAUUUCAAAAUAUCUCACUUUUCUUCACACUUGUUGGAAUUGUUGGAGGAAUUGGUUAUCUUGUUUACACACAAUUUAUGACCGGUGGAGAGCGUACUACUGCAAGAAAAGUUCCUGUUGAAGUUGGAACAUCUAGUGAUGAAGUUGAUUAUGAAUGGAUUCCAAAAGAUAUUUUAAAUAAAGGAAAAGAUGGUAAUGCUUCUUCUAAUCCUAACUCUCCAAAGACACCUAAAGAAGACAAGAAAUUAAAAAAAAAGGCUAGAAGAGCAGAUUAA